AAUCAAGGAGGUGAUCAGUUUUCUGAGGGUGCUGUGACCUAGAGGCAGGUCUGAUUACAUCAUUUGUUUUGGGAUGAGGCUGAGGAGCUUUAUAAAAAGGAGACAUAAAAGGAGGGAGAGAGACAAGGAAAAGAAGGGCAUUAAGUCACUAGCAGAAACUCUUUAUAUGUGCUUUCUGCAGUUUACCAGAUAUUUACAAGGGAGUCUUUUCAGAGUACAGAGAAAUCUGUGAACUGCUGGAAUAUUAUAAGUCUUUCCUUGAGAUGUCAGCCAAGAGCUUCAAUAGAGUCAUACUCGCUAUGGUGCUUAUUUUCUUCCUGAAGAUACAACUCUCAGUACCAGCGCCGUUGAAUGGGUCAAAAUGGUCUUAUAUUGGUCCUGAUGGAGAGAAGGCCUGGCCGAAGAAAUAUCCAUUCUGUGGGGGAGUAUUUCAAUCACCAAUAGAUUUUCACAGAGAGAUUCUUCAGUAUGAUUCUAAUCUCUCACCUUUAGAAUUCAUAGGCUAUAAUGUGCCCUCCACUGACCAAUUUACACUGACCAAUAAUGGUCAUUCAGUGAAAAUGUAUCUGUCACCUACUAUGCACAUCAGAAACCUCCCUUUUGAAUACACUGCAUCUCAACUUCACCUACACUGGGGAAACAGAAACAAGUCAGAAGGCUCAGAGCACACAGUCAGUGGGAAGCAUUUUGCAGCAGAGCUGCAUAUUGUACAUUAUAACUCUGAGAAAUAUCCAGAUGUAACAGCAGCAAUGGACAAAGCAGAUGGCCUGGCAGUUUUGGCCAUCCUUCUUGAGAUUGGACCCUUCAACCCAUCAUAUGAAAAGAUCUUCAGGCACUUCCAGAAUGUGAAAUACAAAGAUCAGAUGGUCCAAGUCCCUGGUUUCAAUAUUCAAGAACUGCUUCCUGACAGACCAUACGAGUACUAUCGCUAUGAAGGAUCCCUGACAACUCCUCCUUGCUACCCUAGCGUUCUCUGGACAGUCUUCCGACACCCUGUUAAAAUUUCACAAGAGCAGUUGCUGGCACUGGAAACAGCCAUGUACUGCACAGAGAGUGAUGACCCAGAACCCCUGGAAAUGGUCAAUAACUUCCGCAACGUUCAGGAGUUCCGUGAAAGACUAGUUUUUAUUUCUUUCCAUGAAGGUGUUGUUUCUGUUGUGAUAGCCUGCAUUCUGGGAGUUCUCAUCAUUCUCGCGGUAGCCUGUUGGCUAUUCAAGAGGAAAAGUUGCAAAAAGGGAGGAGAAGACAACAGAGGAGUCAUCUACACACAAGGAACGCAGAAAGAGGAAGAAGAUAUCUCCAAACUAUGAUGCUCUGCUCUGUCACAAAUGUCUCUUUUCAUUCAUAGCACUGACUUACUUUGCAUUGGUGGAACAUGUCUCUCACUCUUGGCUAAUGAUUAGCUUCAAGAGUGUUCUCAAAAUGUACCAGCCAAAACUUUUCUGUAGCUCUUUUUCUCUUGUUUUGCAGGGAGAUACGAUCAGUGAAUGUUCCUGAGAGCUAAAUUCCUCACCACAUUCUUUUCAUGUUGGCUGCUUAGUGAGUCUGGGUCUUUUAAUUGAUUUAACAGUUAAUCCUGAACUCCAGUUUUAUGGUUUGUUUAGCACAGAUUUUCCCACAGGUAUUCCCACAUGAAGACAUUCAUCAAGGUAUAAGCACUCUUCCCUGCUAAAUCAAUGUAUUAGUCUUAGGGUAAUCCAGGAACAGCAUCAUGAAUGUUAACAAGAUAAAGGGUAAUACAUAUUUGAGAUCAGGAUUUGAAUGAGGCUGACUGCAAAUUAUGCUAGUACAUUCACCAGUGACUCAAACAGUCAGAAACAUUACACAAAAAGACAAAUGUAAAUGCAAUGGGAUUCACAUGGAUUAUUAAUGGGGUUCAGACCCAAGUACCCAGUACUAAAAAUCACUACUACUUGAAGAACAGCUUGCGUUCCAGUUAUUAUACAACCUCACAAAUCUGCCACAAAGGCAUCCUGUCUUACUAUCCUAAUCUUAUUUAUAGUGUGUAUGAAUAAUGGGGGGGAAUAAUGUAGUUGCUGCUGCUUUUAAGCACACUACUUCCUAUCUGAUCAUGAAAUCUUGAUUGAUUUUAGAGCAUAUAUUACAAAUGCAAUUAUGCAGUCGACAGUUUUGCUGAUUUAGCUCUCUGAAUCUAUUAAUUUAAGAAGGUAAUUAAAAAUAUUUUUUCAAAUUUCAUAAGCUAGAUGCUUUUGAGUCUCAUUUAGCAUUUUUUAAAGUGAGAAGCAUGCUUCCAUUUAAGAUGAUGUGAAAUUUUACUGACUUUAGAAAGAAUAGGGUUUAGCCAGUCUAGCACCAGAUGUAUACAGAAUUCCUCUUGAAUUCGACACGUGAAGUGAAGGGUCUGAAAUGCUUGUACUUUAGGAGACAGGCAGGAAAUGAUUCAGCACAGGGACAUGCCUAAAAUAAUUCCAGGUCUGAAUGCUGUUAAACACUAAUUACUGGGGAAAUGCCAAACUGAAUUUUACACUUAGAUCCAUUCUACAUUCGUAUUUAUGUGUUUGCUCAGUAGCACCACCGUCACAUUUGUGAUUUUAAAUAAAUUAAUAAAUAGUUAUUGACACAUGUUUUCUCCUUUAAAGAUAGUAGAGGGAUGUUUAUGUUUUGGACUCUUUCCACCCCAAAGAAAGUUUAAUGACAAAAGCAGGCUGCUCAGUGAAAGGAGAAAUAAUGUAUUAAUUCUUACUCUGCAGGAAAUUUAGGAGCAUACUUUCACAACUAAGUAUAUUGCAUUUGUCAGCAUUUUCACCUCACACAAAUAAGCACAUAGAGAUCAUCUUGUUGAAAUGUCUAUAAAUACUUCAAAAGUAGCAUUCGUCUGUGAAGGGGAGUAUUACUUACUCUCUACAUACAGGUUUCUAAAGACAAGAACGGAUAAUAUUUUAAGAUGUUUCUUCAGUUUCUCUUAUUUCAUUUUUAAUCUUCAUCUCAGCUAAUUACAAAUGUUGAUCAAUCACUGUCUUUUGCAUGCAACAUCCUUGGCAUCUGUUAAGAAAAACAACAACAACAACAACAAACAUAAAAACAUCAGCCAAGCUAUAUAUGCUGACUGUGAGAAAAACUCUCACAUUACCAGCACAGAAAACAUGUUACACAUUAGGCAAAAAUUGUGUCCUUUAGAACUAUUUCUUUAGAAAGAACAAACCAAAGAGAGACUAUCACAAAUCAUGUUGCUGCUACUCCUACUUGCAAGGUUCUCUAAUUCAUCGAGUCUUCCUAAGAAAUCCAUGCUGCUUUGAAAACACAAGUAAAUUUGAAUUUGUGGAUAUGAAGUAACAUUUUAUUACCAGUUUACACUGCCAGUGGUUCCUGAGCUGAAGCAGUCUCUAACUGCGCUGUCUGGUCUUGUUAGCUGCUAUCAUUUAACAAACCUAUUAAAGUAUCAUCUUUUAAA